CGGGCCGAGCGCAGGCUCGCGGCCUCUCCGGAGUCCUCGCGGCGCGCGGCGCUCCGGGCGGGCGGACGGAGGCACCGAGGGAUCCCGAGGGUCGCGCGGGCGUCCGGGGCGCGGGCCCCGACCUCCACCCGCGGGACGCUGCCCCUUUGGACGCCCAGGCGGCGGCCUCUUUGUGAGGGGCGGGGGCCGACCUGCCAGGGUGGGGCUGCUGCCAAGCAUGACGCCCACCCGGGGACCUGGCGCAGUGUCGGUGGCCGGGCCCGUGGGUCUCUUCCUUGUGCUUCUGGUCGGAGGCUGCGGGGCAGAAGAGCCGCCCAGAUUUAUCAAAGAACCCAAGGACCAAAUUGGCGUGUCGGGGGGCGUGGCCUCGUUCGUAUGCCAGGCCGCGGGCGACCCCAAGCCCCGGGUGACGUGGAACAAGAAGGGCAAGAAGGUGAACUCGCAGCGUUUCGAGACCAUCGAGUUUGACGAGAGCUCUGGAGCUGUGCUCAGGAUCCAGCCGCUCCGGACACCCCGGGAUGAGAACGUGUACGAGUGUGUGGCCCAGAACUCGGUCGGGGAGAUCACUGUCCACGCCAAGCUCACGGUCCUGCGAGAGGACCAGCUGCCCCCCGGCUUCCCCAACAUCGACAUGGGCCCCCAGCUGAAGGUGGUAGAGCGGACGCGGACGGCCACCAUGCUGUGCGCCGCCAGCGGGAACCCCGACCCCGAGAUCACCUGGUUUAAGGACUUCUUGCCAGUGGACCCCAGCGCCAGUGGCGGGCGCAUCAAGCAGCUGCGCUCAGGGGCCCUGCAGAUCGAGAGCAGUGAGGAGACGGAUCAGGGCAAAUACGAGUGCGUGGCCACCAACAACGCCGGCGUGCGCUACUCCUCCCCCGCCAACCUCUACGUGCGAGUGCGCCGCGUAGCCCCCCGCUUCUCCAUCUUGCCUGUGAGCCACGAGAUCAUGCCUGGCGGCAACGUGAACAUCACCUGCGUGGCUGUGGGCUCACCCAUGCCCUACGUGAAGUGGAUGCAGGGGGCCGAGGACCUGACGCCUGAGGAUGACAUGCCCGUGGGCCGGAACGUCCUGGAGCUCACCGACGUCAAGGACUCGGCCAAUUACACCUGUGUGGCCAUGUCCAGCCUGGGCGUGAUCGAGGCCGUGGCCCAGGUCACCGUGAAAUCGCUCCCUAAAGCCCCCGGGACCCCUGUGGUGACAGAAAACACAGCAACCAGCAUCACCGUCACCUGGGACUCGGGCAACCCAGAUCCCGUGUCGUACUACGUGAUUGAGUACAAGUCCAAGAGCCAGGAUGGGCCGUACCAGAUCAAAGAGGACAUCACCACCACGCGCUACAGCAUCGGCGGCCUGAGCCCCAACUCCGAGUACGAGAUCUGGGUGUCAGCUGUCAACUCCAUCGGCCAGGGCCCCCCCAGUGAGUCAGUGGUGACGCGCACAGGCGAGCAGGCCCCGGCCAGCGCCCCGCGGAACGUGCAGGCCCGCAUGCUGAGCGCCUCCACCAUGAUCGUGCAAUGGGAGGAGCCCGUGGAGCCCAACGGGCUCGUCCGUGGCUACCGCGUCUACUACACCAUGGAGCCUGAACACCCCGUGGGCAACUGGCAGAAGCACAACGUGGAUGACAGCCUGCUCACCACUGUGGGGUCCCUGCUGGAGGACGAGACCUACACCGUGCGCGUGCUUGCCUUCACCUCCGUGGGCGAUGGCCCACUGUCGGACCCCAUCCAGGUCAAGACACAGCAGGGGGUGCCCGGCCAACCCAUGAACCUGCGGGCCGAGGCCAAGUCCGAGACAAGCAUCGGGCUGUCGUGGAGCGCGCCACGGCAGGAGAGCAUCAUCAAGUACGAGCUGCUGUUCCGCGAGGGCGACCGCGGCCGCGAGGUGGGGAGGACCUUCGACCCCACGACGGCCUUCGUGGUGGACGACCUGAAGCCCAACACGGAGUACGCGUUCCGCCUGGCGGCGCGCUCGCCGCAGGGCCUGGGCGCCUUCACCGCCGCAGUGCGGCAGCGCACGCUGCAGUCCAAACCGUCCGCCCCCCCUCAAGACGUAAAAUGUACCAGCAUGCGCUCCACGGCCAUUCUGGUAAGUUGGCGCCCGCCGCCGCCGGACACGCACAACGGGGCCCUGGUGGGCUACAGCGUCCGCUACCGACCGCUGGGCUCCGAGGACCCGGAAGCCAAGGAGGUGAACGGCAUCCCCCCGACCACCACCCAGAUCCUGCUCGAAGCCCUGGAAAAGUGGACCGAGUACCGGAUCACCACCGUGGCGCACACCGAGGUCGGACCAGGGCCCGAGAGCUCGCCCGUGGUCGUCCGCACCGACGAGGACGUGCCCAGCGCGCCGCCGCGGAAGGUGGAGGCGGAGGCGCUCAACGCCACGGCCAUCCGCGUGCUGUGGCGCUCGCCCGCGCCCGGCCGCCAGCACGGCCAGAUCCGCGGCUACCAGGUCCACUACGUGCGCAUGGACGGCGCCGAGGCCCGCGGGCCGCCGCGCAUCAAGGACGUCAUGCUGGCCGAUGCGCAGGAAAUGGUCAUCAGCAACCUGCAGCCUGAGACGGCCUACUCCAUCACUGUGGCCGCCUACACCAUGAAAGGCGACGGCGCGCGCAGCAAGCCCAAGGUGGUGGUGACCAAGGGAGCAGUGCUGGGCCGCCCCACCCUGUCGGUGCAGCAGACCCCCGAGGGCAGCCUGCUGGCCCGCUGGGAGCCCCCGGCCGGCAGCGCCGACGACCCGGUGCUCGGCUACCGGCUGCGGUUCGGGCGCGAGGACGAGGCGGCGGCCACGCUGGAGCUGCCGGCCACACAGGCGCAGUUCGCGGCGCCUGCGCACAAGGGCGCCACCUACGUGUUCCGGCUGGCGGCACGCGGGCGCGGCGGGCUGGGUGAGGAGGCGGCGGCGGCGCUCAGCCUGCCCGAGGACGCGCCGCGCGGGCACCCGCGCAUCCUGGAGGCGGCGGGCAACGCCUCGGCCGGCACCGUGCUGCUGCGCUGGCUCCCGCCCGCGCCCGCCGAACGCAACGGCGCCAUCAUCAAGUACACCGUGGCCGUGCGCGAGGCCGGCGCGCCGGGGCCCGCGCGCGAGACGGAGCUGCCCGCGGCCGCCGAGCCCGGCGCCGAGGCGGCGCUCACGCUGCGCGGCCUGCAGCCCGACACGGCCUACGACCUGCAAGUGCGCGCGCACACGCGCCGCGGGCCCGGUCCCUACAGCCCCGCCGUGCGCUACCGCACCUUCCUGCGGGACCAAGUCUCGCCCAAGAACUUCAAGGUGAAGAUGAUCAUGAAGACGUCGGUGCUGCUGAGCUGGGAGUUCCCAGACAACUACAACUCCCCCACGCCCUACAAGAUCCAGUACAAUGGGCUCACACUGGAUGUGGAUGGCCGCACCACCAAGAAGCUCAUCACGCACCUCAAGCCACACACUUUCUACAACUUCGUGCUCACCAACCGCGGCAGCAGCCUGGGUGGCCUGCAGCAGACAGUCACUGCCUGGACCGCCUUCAACCUGCUGAGCAGCAAGCCCAGCAUUGCACCCAAGCCCGAUGCCGACGGCUUCAUCGUGGUCUACUUGCCCGAUGGCCAGAGCCCCGUGCCCGUGCAGAGCUACUUUAUCGUGAUGGUGCCACUGCGUAAGUCUCGUGGCGGCCAGUUCCUGACCCCGCUAGGCAGCCCAGAGGACAUGGACCUGGAGGAGCUGAUCCAAGACAUCUCCCGGCUGCAGAGGCGCAGCCUACGGCACUCUCGCCAGCUGGAGGUGCCCCGACCCUACAUUGCAGCCCGCUUCUCCGUCCUGCCCGCCAUCUUCCAUCCAGGGAACCAGAAACAAUAUGGUGGCUUUGACAACCGGGGCCUGGAGCCUGGCCACCGCUAUGUGCUAUUCGUGCUCGCUGUGCUGCAGAAGAGUGAGCCUACGUUUGCAGCCAGCCCCUUCUCAGACGCCUUCCAGCUGGACAACCCUGACCCCCAGCCCAUCGUGGACGGCGAGGAGGGCCUCAUCUGGGUGGUGGGGCCCGUGCUAGCCGUGGUCUUCAUCAUCUGCAUCGUCAUUGCCAUCCUGCUCUACAAGAACAAACCCGACAGUAAGCGCAAGGACUCGGAGCCCCGCACCAAAUGCCUGCUGAACAAUGCCGACCCUGCCCCCCACCACCCCAAGGACCCCGUGGAGAUGCGACGCAUUAACUUCCAGACGCCAGAUGCGGGCCUCAGCGGCCCCCUCGGGGAGCCAGGGUUCCACUUGGAAAGCAUGCUCAGCCACCCUCCCAUCCCCAUCGCCGACAUGGCCGAGCACACUGAGCGCCUGAAGGCCAACGACAGCCUCAAGCUCUCCCAGGAGUACGAGUCCAUCGACCCCGGACAGCAGUUCACAUGGGAACACUCCAACCUGGAGGUGAACAAGCCCAAGAACCGCUAUGCCAACGUCAUUGCCUAUGACCACUCCCGGGUCAUCCUGCAGCCCAUCGAAGGCCUUGUGGGCAGCGACUACAUCAAUGCCAACUACGUGGACGGCUACCGGCGGCAAAACGCCUACAUUGCCACGCAAGGGCCCCUGCCCGAGACCUUCGGCGACUUCUGGCGGAUGGUGUGGGAGCAGCGCUCCGCCACCAUCGUCAUGAUGACGCGGCUGGAGGAGAAGUCCCGGAUCAAGUGCGACCAGUACUGGCCCAACCGGGGCACCGAGACCUACGGCUUCAUCCAGGUCACGCUGUUGGACACCAUCGAGCUAGCCACAUUCUGCGUGCGCACCUUCUCCCUGCACAAGAAUGGCUCCAGUGAGAAACGCGAGGUCCGCCACUUCCAGUUCACGGCGUGGCCGGACCACGGGGUGCCCGAGUACCCCACGCCCUUCCUGGCCUUCCUGAGGAGGGUGAAGACCUGCAACCCGCCUGACGCGGGCCCCAUUGUGGUCCACUGCAGCGCCGGCGUGGGCCGCACCGGCUGCUUCAUUGUCAUCGACGCCAUGCUGGAGCGGAUCAGGCCUGAGAAGACAGUGGACGUGUAUGGCCACGUGACGCUCAUGCGCUCGCAGCGCAACUACAUGGUGCAGACGGAGGACCAGUACAGCUUCAUCCACGAGGCGCUGCUGGAGGCUGUGGGCUGCGGCAACACCGAGGUCCCCGCGCGCAGCCUCUACACCUACAUCCAGAAGCUGGCUCAGGUGGAGCCCGGGGAGCACGUCACCGGCAUGGAGCUGGAGUUCAAGCGCCUGGCCAACUCCAAGGCCCACACCUCCCGCUUUAUCAGUGCCAAUCUGCCUUGUAACAAGUUCAAAAACCGCCUGGUGAAUGUCAUGCCCUACGAGAGCACGCGCGUCUGCCUGCAGCCCAUCCGGGGCGUGGAGGGCUCCGACUACAUCAAUGCCAGCUUCAUCGAUGGCUAUAGGCAGCAGAAGGCCUACAUAGCGACACAGGGGCCUCUGGCCGAGAGCACUGAGGACUUCUGGCGCAUGCUGUGGGAGAACAACUCCACCAUCGUGGUCAUGCUCACCAAGCUGCGCGAGAUGGGCCGGGAGAAGUGCCACCAGUACUGGCCAGCCGAGCGGUCCGCCCGCUACCAGUACUUCGUGGUGGACCCCAUGGCCGAGUACAACAUGCCUCAGUACAUCCUGCGUGAGUUCAAGGUCACCGACGCCCGGGACGGCCAGUCGCGGACAGUGCGACAGUUCCAGUUUACGGACUGGCCGGAGCAGGGCGUGCCCAAAUCAGGUGAGGGCUUCAUCGACUUCAUCGGCCAGGUGCACAAGACCAAGGAGCAGUUCGGCCAGGACGGGCCCAUCUCCGUGCACUGCAGCGCUGGCGUGGGCAGGACCGGUGUGUUCAUCACGCUGAGCAUCGUGCUGGAGCGCAUGCGCUACGAGGGCGUGGUGGACAUAUUCCAGACCGUGAAGAUGCUGCGGACGCAGAGACCAGCCAUGGUGCAGACGGAGGACGAGUACCAGUUCUGCUACCAGGCGGCGCUGGAGUACCUCGGGAGCUUCGACCACUAUGCAACCUAAAGCCAUGGACCCGCCCGGCCCGGCCCGGCCGCCCGCACGCGCGACACCGGCUUGGUCUCCAGGAUGGGGCCCGGGGCGUCGGCGCCCCCACCCCGCCGCCCGCAGGCGCCUUCGAUACUUAGAACAUUCCUGAUCUCCUGACUCCGAACCCGCGGCCCGAGCCAGGACCGCACGGGGACCCCGCCGGGACCGCGCCACCGCCGCUCAGUCAUGUUUGGUUUGGUUUUGGUUUUUUUAAAUAGUGUAUUUUUUUUCACUUUUUUUCUUUUUAAAAAGACUUGCCGGUCAACGACGUGAAGACCCAUCUUGCUUAUUCAUAUUCCGUUCAAAGACAGUCUAUUUUUUCACGAUGGAGCCCCGCCCGCGGCGGCCGCAGGGGCCCGUGCCCCAGCCUCGGCCCGGCCGUCGAUGCCACCACCCGCCGUCCCUGCCGUCCCCGCUGCCCCGGAGACAAAGACUUCGGUGCCUGCCCUGCCUUCCUUCCCUUUUGGUUUUUUAAUUAAGUUUCAUGAGUACCAGGUUUUCAAGUCCCAGUCCAAGGCCGCGGCGGGCGCGGCCAAGCUGCGUCGCCCCAGGAGGGGACGGACGGAGGGACGCGGCCCAGCUCCUCCUGUGCGGCCCGCGCCCGCGGCGGGAGCCCGGCCGGGACUGGGGGCCCGCCCUGCCCCGCCCUGCCCCGCCCAAGCGCGGGUUUCCCUCUUUGUAUGCACGGAGCCCGCGGGCACCGCGCGUGUAUGUAGAUAAAUCGACUUUGUAUUAAAGGGAGAUGGUCCGACCGGG